AUGCUGCUGUUGUGUCUUUUUGCAUCGCUCUGCAUUUCCUUACUGCAUGGAUUUAUCUUCCCUGAACGAGAAUUUGUUAGUGUAAACCUUACGAUUGAAUGCACUGCAAAUUUAUCGACCAUUCUCAGCCUUCGUGAUUUAGAUGGUAAGUAUGUAUUACAGCGGGACUUUUAAAAAUAACAGGGGCGAAUCCCAAGUGUGACGUUCAGAUUUUCUUUAAAUUUUGCACACACUUCGGACAUGGACUAAAUCUCAAUUCCUGAAAGUUUUAGCUCGCGCUUUGCAAGCGCCACCGAGAUAUUGGACGAUCUUUGCCGCCGAGAGAGUACACAACGUUCUUAGAGCGUGAGACUUUUGGCCAUAUCUUUGCCAGUUUCAUGCGGAAAACACUGAUUUUUCGUUCAAACAUUACCCUCCGUGGUAGAAAUAGGCAUGAAACUUUUCGUGCCCAAAUUCAGCAAAAAAGACUCAAAUUUUCACCGACUUUCGAUCUAUAUAAAAAUCUCGAUUGUUUAUGCAGAGCGCGAGCUAGGAUUCUCGCAUGUAUUUCGGGAAAAACUAUUCUAAAUUUGGGCCAAGUUUCAUCAAAAUCUGAAUUUUACUAAUUGACUCUUUUCUCAUAAUUAGUGAUCAAAGACGACGUCUUGGCAACGAUUCACAUUACGGAGCCUGGAACCUAUCUUCUGGAAGGCACCGAAAAAGAAUAUGGCACAUUUGAGCCUUACAUUGAAGUUCUCGGCACAUGCAACGGUAUGUCAACGCGCUGAAAAAUCGACAAAAAUCUUCAGGAAUACCGCAUAACUUCAGGCACAUGAUCCAAGAGAACUUCAUUUACAAGAAGAAGGCCGACCGUAAAGUCUACGGGCACACUGUUAGACUUGAUUGA